GCUGAUCCUUGGAAUGAACGAGUUACAAAACGUAAGAAACUAACCUACAGAGGAGGUGUCAUUUAAAAGCAGGUACAAACCGUGUUGUCGGCCUCACAGUUUGAUUUAACUGAAUGUAGUCACCGGAAUAUGUCAACCAAUGGACCCUGCUACAACCACAGCUCCGAUGCAAAACGAUUGUGAGACAGAGCCAAGUUCAGUCUGGAACUGGUGGCCUUCCUGGCGUCCAACCUCCAUGUCCCUUUUAAAGACUACAGAGUCCAAGAUUCUUGCUUGUAUUCAGAAUGACCUAUGGGCUCGGUUUGUGACCCUGCCCAACCAGGAUCGAAUAUGGACUCUGACCCUCACCAACAAGGCGGUGCACAAACCUGCAGAACAAGCCCCAAAGACUCCCCUGGUGAUGGUCCACGGCUUUGGAGGAGGGGUAGGCCUGUGGAUCAGGAACAUAGACGCGCUGAGUCGGUCACGGCCUGUUUACGCCUUCGACCUCUUGGGCUUUGGCAGGAGCUCUAGACCUCCCUUCCCCUCAGACGCUGCCAAGGCAGAGGAGCAGUUUGUCGACUCCAUUGAGCAGUGGAGACAGUCUGUAGGCCUGGAGAACAUGAUUCUGCUGGGACACAGUCUGGGGGGGUACCUGGCUACCUCCUACGCCAUCCAGUACCCUUCUAGAGUGUCACAUCUUAUCCUGGUGGACCCCUGGGGUUUCCCAGAGCGACCCCAGACACAGACCCAAGAUGGUCAAGAUCAGAGGACAGAGGUGGUAAGGAGGCCACCUAUUCCACGCUGGGUAAAAGCUAUCGCAACAGUGGUUUCCCUCUUCAACCCCCUGGCUGUCAUCAGAGCAGCAGGUCCAUGGGGUCCAGGUUUGGUGAACAGAUUCCGUCCUGAUUUCAAAAGGAAAUUUGAAGAUCUGUUUGAUGAUGACACAAUGACGCAAUACAUCUACCACUGUAAUGCACAAACCCCGAGUGGUGAGGUGGGUUUCCGGGCCAUGUCAGAGUCUCUGGGCUGGGCCAAGAGGCCCAUGCUGCAGCGGAUUCACCUGCUGCCCCCCUCCAUGCCCCUCACCAUGCUGUAUGGAGCACGAUCCUGGGUGGACAGCUCAUCUGGGGACAGUGUGGUACAGAUUAGGAACAAGGCCCACACCAGAGUGCUGCUGAUCGAUGAUGCCUCUCACCACGUAUAUGCUGAUCAACCAGGGGAGUUCAACAGAGUGGUUGAAAAUAUAUGUAACUCUGUUAACUGAUGACUUCUGAGUGUGUGUGUGUGUGUGUGUGUGUGUGUGUGUGUACGUAUGUGUCUGUGUUUAAAAGGACUGAAAGUAUAGAGGCAAUUCCGGAUGGUAAUAGGACUGCGAGCUCUGCAUGUGCAGCACGCUGGAUGGUUUUGCGUCGGGGCAUAUCAGGACAUCAACAUGAGUCUGAAUGUAAUUUUGUUUUGAAUCCUGUUCUCAUAGUAACAGAUUAUUGGUAUUAAUGUAAUUAACUUAUCUUGUCAUUUGUAAGCUGAGACAUGCUUUUUUCAAUUUAGUAUUGUUAGUAAAUGAUUUAUUUAUAACAUGAUUGAACUUGUCUGUUAAUGUGGUCACACAGAGGAAUAAUUGAACCACUUAAUUCAGUGCUAAAUUAUGUUGCCUGUUAUAUUUUUAACAUUAAGUGAAACACGCACACCAAUCUGUAUGCACUGGUUUUAUGUGAUACAGAGGUGCCACAUGGCUACUGAUAAACACUUUUUAUGUGCCCGGCAUGAACCAUUAAGUACUGUAUAACAUUUUUCUUAUUUAACCUCUGUUUUUCUCCUCUAUGUAUUUCACUGUAUCAAGCAGCUGUUUGUAUUUUAUACUUUGGAAAGAAUAAAAACCUAUUUGACAAGCUG